AUGGCAAAGAAAAAGCCAAUGCCGCAUCUCUCGAAGGAAGAGAAAAUGGUGAUCGUUAUAUCGGAAAUCAUACAAGAGCUGCUGGUAGCACAUCGACAAGGCAAAGAUGUUAACCUAAACAAGAUGAAGACUAGAAUUGCGUCUAAGUAUGGUCUGGGAACGUCACCAAGAUUAGUGGAUAUCAUAUCUGCGGUGCCUGCUGAUGCAAAGAGUAUCUUGCUACCGAAAUUGAAAGCUAAACCGAUUCGCACGGCGUCUGGUAUAGCAGUUGUUGCUGUCAUGUGUAAACCACACCGUUGUCCACAUAUAAAUUUUACGGGUAAUAUAUGCGUAUAUUGCCCCGGUGGCCCUGAUUCAGAUUUUGAAUAUUCCACACAAAGUUACACAGGGUAUGAGCCUACAUCAAUGAGGGCUAUCAGAGCGCGCUAUAACCCAUAUCUUCAGACCCGUCACAGAGUGGAACAGCUAAAACAACUAGGUCAUAGUGUGGACAAAGUGGAGUUUAUUGUAAUGGGUGGUACUUUUAUGAGUUUACCAGAGGAUUAUAGAGACUAUUUUAUAAGGAACCUCCAUGAUGCCCUAUCUGGUCACACUUCAAGUUGUGUAGCAGAAGCAGUGAAGUAUUCAGAAAAAGCUAAAACUAAAUGUAUAGGUAUUACUAUAGAGACUCGGCCAGAUUAUUGUUUGCAAAGGCACAUGAGUGAUAUGCUUAAUUAUGGAUGCACAAGGUUGGAAAUAGGAGUACAAUCUGUAUAUGAAGAUAUAGCAAGAGAUACUAACAGGGGACAUACUGUGAAAGCUGUAUGUGAGAAUUUUAAUCUUGCCAAAGACGCUGGAUUUAAGAUUGUAGCUCACAUGAUGCCAGAUCUACCAAAUGUAGAUUUUGAGCGAGAUGUGGAACAGUUUAUGGAGUUCUUUGAGAACCCCGCAUUCAGAGCUGAUGGUCUUAAGAUUUAUCCAACUCUAGUGAUAAGAGGUACUGGUUUAUAUGAACUGUGGAAGACGGGAAGGUACAGGAGCUACCCACCAUCUACUUUGGUCGAUCUGAUUGCAAAGAUAUUGGCUUUAGUCCCACCGUGGACUAGAGUUUAUAGGGUACAACGUGAUAUACCCAUGCCCCUUGUAUCUUCGGGGGUGGAACAUGGUAACCUAAGAGAGCUUGCGUUAGCCCGUAUGGCUGAUUUAGGAACAGAUUGCAGGGAUGUGAGAAGUAGGGAAGUCGGUAUACAAGAAAUACACAACAAAGUGAGGCCUUAUGAGAUAGAAUUAAUAAGGCGUGACUAUGUUGCCAACGGUGGGUGGGAGACAUUCCUCUCAUAUGAGGACCCGGACCAAGAUAUACUGGUUGGUCUGUUGCGGUUGAGGAAAUGCGCCAAAGACACGUACCGACCGGAAUUGAAGCCGGGUCCCAAAGUUAACUUCAAACAGUGCAGUAUCGUGAGGGAGUUGCAUGUGUAUGGAUCUGUUGUACCUGUUAACGCCAGAGACCCAACAAAGUUCCAACAUCAAGGUUUUGGUAUGCUUCUGAUGGAGGAAGCAGAACGUAUAGCUAGAGAGGAACACGGCUCAGACAAAAUGGCCGUAAUUUCUGGCGUCGGCACGAGGAACUAUUAUGCGAAGAUCGGAUAUCACUUGGAAGGACCGUACAUGGUCAAAAUGCUUGUU